AGAGGAGAGAGGGACAGAGAGAGAUGGAGAGGCUCCCAAGCGAGGUGUGUCUCAAAGUCUUCCACCUCUUGGAUCACCAAGCUCUUGCUUCUUCUCUCCAAGUUUCCAAGAAGUGGAAGGUGUUAGCUUCUGAAGAUGUCCUGUGGUGCAACCUGUUUAAGGAAAGGUGGGGAGAAGAUCAAGCAUCAUUUUUCGCACCGAACGAUUUAAAUUCGUGGAAGGAUGUCUAUAUAGUGCAAGACCGGUGUGAUCGACAUGGAUUGGGCUUGAAGAUAAUUAGAGAAGGAUGUGAGUAUUAUCUCAUUCAUCAAGGUGAAAUCCAGCGAUAUCUAGGCUCAGGUAGCAAGCCGAGGAAAGACAACAAGAGGGAGCAGGAACCAUCUCAGAUUGCUGAGAGCAUCCUCUUCUUCAUCGGCGAUCUGGAGACAGCUUGUGCCGGUGCAAAACGUGUACGCAUGUGAACGUGUACAGACUCUAUGGAUGUAUUGUUUGUAUUGUAAUUGGUUCUUUCAUAUCUGUGGAUAUGUACAGUUUCUACUGUAAAUCUCUGUAAAAUGUAACAUUUAUUCUCUAAACCUGCUAUUGUUUUGUAUGUACUAUUGAACUACUGUAACUACCGAAUGGUCAUUUGUCUGUUUGUAUU